GGGAGAUGCGGGCGCUCCAUUCACUCUCGCUGUGACUGAGGAGGAGGAAUCAGCAGCAGGUCCAGGGCUUUUCUCCGGGAAACAGCCCGCUGGUCUUCAGCCGCUGAGAGGAUAACACACUUGUGUGAAUCACACACUCAAAACACACACACACAACACACACACAUACAUCAAAGACCGGCUACCUCACCAGAAAGAAAUACUUGGGGAGGCCACAAAAAUGGGGAAACAUAACAGCAAGCUUGCUCCAGAGGUUCUGGAUGACCUGACCAAGAACACAGAGUUCAAUGAGGCAGAGCUGAAGCAGUGGUAUAAGGGCUUCCUGAAGGACUGUCCCACUGGCAUUCUCAAUCUGGAUGAGUUCCAGCAGCUCUACGUCAAGUUCUUCCCCUAUGGCGAUGCCUCCAAGUUUGCUCAGCAUGCCUUCCGGACCUUUGACAAGAAUGGAGACGGCACAAUCGACUUCAGAGAGUUCAUCUGUGCCCUGUCCAUCACCUCCAGAGGAAGUUUUGAGCAGAAACUCAACUGGGCCUUUAACAUGUAUGACCUGGAUGGAGAUGGCAAGAUUACACGUAUGGAAAUGCUUGAGAUUAUAGAGGCGAUCUAUAAAAUGGUGGGCACAGUGAUUAUGAUGCGUAUGAACGAGGACGGCCUGACGCCACAGCAGCGCGUGGACAAGAUCUUCAGCAAGAUGGACAAAGAUCACAAUGACGAGAUCACGCUGGAGGAGUUCAAAGAGGCAGCCAAGAGUGACCCCUCCAUCGUCCUCUUACUGCAGUGUGACAUGCAGAAGUAAGAGAGAGGAGGGGUGAGGGAAAGAUGGGGCUGAAAUAAAAAAAUGUACAGACUUUUAAAAAGAAGCAGGUUAGGCCAUGUUCACAAGGAACUUUUGGUUUCUAUCAAAAAUGCACCUCUUGCCAUGAUUUCAGUGAAGAAAAUGUCUGAAAAGGCAUUUUACUGAAUUUAAAAAGCCUCUGUUGUUCGCUGGAAAAGUUUGCCAAAGUUUAACCUUUGACCGUGUGUCAGUCGCUGUUACGCAGGAGAGAGAAGAUAUUAAUCACCACUGUCAGCUCACAUUAGGAACCGUAAAAGCCAUCUGUAAAGAUCUGUAAGGACAGCUCAUAGCUUGCUGGGUAACAGUGCUAUUGCUGGUUUCAGUGGAAGGCUAAAAUGCCUUGAUAAACUAAAGCAUGUGUUUCAAAGUAUGAACCUAUCUUUAAAUAUAGACCAGGGUCCAGUUUCCAGGUAAGAAUUGUUUUUGUGUUUUUAGAAAACCAGGCCCAGAUCAGAAUAUUGUCAGAAUAUUGGAAAAUUUGCAUCUGAUCAAUUGUCAAUUAAGUCAGGGAUGCUCAUUCCUGGUCAUGGAGAUAUCGCACACCUGUCACACUUAAGGUGGACAUGAGGACAUUCUAUGUGUUAGGUCUAAAGAAUCCAGGGUGGUAGAAAAAUAGACUGAAACUAAUUUGUAACAGAAUGUUUCUGUCCAACUGACUGUCAGACCCAAUAGUGGCAACUAUUCGUUUAAAGAGGUACCGUACUUUUUCGCACUAUGAGGCAAUAAACGUCUAUUUUCUGGUCUAUUUUCAUACAUAAGGUGCAUCAGAUUAUAAGGGUGCAUUUUAUGCGACACUAGUAACUAGUCGUAGGAACAGGGGUGUCACCAUGUUUUCCUUCUGAAUUCAGAAAAUUGUAAAGCUAAGCUAGGUUAAGUAAACAAAACUAUAAUUCUUAAAAAAAAAAACAUUUCAGACGAGUCAGAUAAGUCAAACGAGCACUGGAUGUUAAUCUACACAGAUUUAUGCUUAUGACACGCGUCAGAGCUGGUCCAGUAAGCCAGGGCGCUAUUAGCUAGCGGUUUAUCCCACAUAGCUUGUUUUAACACAGUAAACACACAGACUACAGUCCGAUAAACUCACCUCUGAACAGCAAAAAAGCUAGCGCUGUGGCUAGUGGUAGGGGACAGGCCAAUAAUAUUCACCUCUGAACAGCCAAGCGCUUAGUGCGAUUAGCAGCUAAUUCGGCUCCACCACUGCUAGCUGGGGUUAGCAGCAGGCUAUAGACCGGUUAUUCUCACCUACCUUUCUCAGCUGCUACAUUAUAGUAGGUUGUUCCAAAGUGAAGGACACAUCUAAUAAAGCUGAAAGAUGCAGUCAGUUGUGGAAAUGCAACUGGUGUAAAAAAAAGAUGGAAAAUGAUUCCUCUGAAGCAUUUGUUUUUGAAAUGUUAAAAAUAUUGUUAAAAUAGUGUGACCCAUUGGCCUCUGUGUACUUCCUGUGAAAUGAAAUACACAAGCAUUGCAAGGAUCAUUUCUGUGGCUUUGUGUGCCUGUCGCCUCUGCUCUCAACCAAUCAUGGGCAUUGUCGUGUAGUGUGUUCAAACUUCUCCACAAGAAGGAGUCUCUAUUAACUGUCUUACCGUAGACACGCCCUAUGCCAGCUGCAGCCUGGAAUUUGUAAUGCAGCUUGAGUAAAACCCUGCAGUCCUUUGAUAUUUUUAGCCAUUAGGUUCCACCAAACUUUGUGAGUUUGUCUUUAAAAAAACAUAUUAACUUUCACAUACACACAAGCACUUUACAAUUAAGUGAUGCGUAUCAGUGCAUUUUUUUCUGAUGGACCCCAAAAUCUCUUUGUGAACAUGGCCUUAACGAGAGUGGACAUAAAAAAGACACUUGUACAUAGCCUACUUUUGAAUGGGAAUAAAUAAGAAAUUUGGGACAGAGACAGAGAUAUAGAAAGAACAGUUUUAGAGUAAAGAGUAAAGAGAGUGAGAUUUUCCUCCAGUCUUUGACCAGCUGAUAAACUGUGCUUUUCGUCAGACACUUUUACCAUGCUCUUGUGGCUUAUAGGUCACCGCCUGAAGAGAAAAAUCCAUUAAGAGGCAUAAAAUAUUUACAUUCCACUAUUUUUAUCUUGGAACUCCUCUUAUUCCUGGUAUAUUAAUACAGAAAUGCAGAGAGAGAGUGUGACUGCACCUCAAUACUGCUGUGAAAAUGUAAAAUAUCUCUAUGUUUUCUCAUUGUUUUCCUGUCCUCUUCGAAUCAAAAUGACCAUUAAACUGUAUGACGUCAAGAGGAGCCUUAAGCAGUGCAGCCAAAAGGGGAAAAAUUAGUCACACUGUAAUAACUAACGCUGAGUCUAAUGCUGCAUUCCAUUUAACUCAGAAGUCAGAUGUCGGAGCUGGGAAUUAAGUCACAUCUGAGUUUAUGGUGCUGCAGUUAUAUUUCAAAUUUAGUGUUUGACUUUAGUUUGGCUCUUAUUGGCCUGUGCUUUAUGGAAAAUAUUCCUUACUUUUUAUGUUCCAGGUAUAUCAUUGUUAGCAUUGCCCCAGAUUAGCACUGUUACUGCAUUCUACAGUAUUUGGUGUAUCUAAACACAAAGGAACCAUCUCUACUGAUAAAAGUUGGACAGUACUGUCUCUAUGUAGAGAAAGCUAAAAAUGCUACUAAACUGAAUAAUAUUACUGCUUUAAAUGCUGUUCUUUGGUUAUCAAAAUAGGAAAUCUGUCCUAUGGGUUCAUUCCAAUUGAAAUUUCCAGUAACACUUUACUUGGAUGGUUUGUUUUAUGUCCUCAUUGAUGCUCAACUGACAUUCAACUAAAUUUCAGUUAAAUGCAACUUAUGUGACCAUAUGUUGAAUGUAAAUGAUUCAAAAUAGAACAUAACCCUAAACAGUAAUAAACCCUAAAAUCUAACCCUAUUCCUAACCCACAACUUUAAAUCCAAAGCUAAACCCAACCCUGUUGAGUUUGGGAUGGAGUUGGAUGUAGGGUUAUAUGUAAUAGAGGAUCUUUUACCCUUCAGUUCAAUUGCAUUUAAUAGACACGCAGCUAAAUGUCAGUUGAAUGUUAGCUGAGCAUCAGUGAGGCCAUAAAAUGGACCAUCCAAGUAAAGUAUUGCCAAAUUUCUUACUUGGAUCAAUGAAAUUCCAAAACCUGAGUUUAAAUGGAAUACAGCAUAAUAAUGUCACGAAUCCCGGACUUUAUCAGCUGGUCAGAGAACAGGGAGGAAAUACUGGGAUUUAAAUCAUUAGAAUUGUCUACAGCAUCUUCCAGAUGGAUCAGUGUCACAUAUGAAGGAAGGACAUAAGUAAAUGAGUUGGACUGGACUGAGCACUAAGAAUAUGUACAUGAGGAUAUAUACGUAAAUAUACACUUAAACUUACAGUAUGGAAUUGUAAAUGUUUCACUAGAAAUGCUUUCAUAUUAUAUUACACCACAGCCGCAUUUGUGUGCACACACAAAACUACACUAUGUAUAUGAUGUGGUGAUUUGUCUCUGCAGGUGUGAAAGAGUGUGAAAGAAUGUGAAGUGAAACUGUGUAUUUAUAUGAGAGAGUGCUUUUUUGUGUGUAAUUGUGCAGAAUUGUGUGUAUGCGUCUGUGUGUGUGUGUGUGUGUGUGUGUAUUUCUGUACGAGUGUGCAGAUGUGAAUGUGUGUGUAUGCGUGGCAAACUAAAGUCCUUGACUUUAUUCUCUGCUGUCCACACCAGUGCUGGGAGUAUUAAAGUGCUGUUUGUUGUCGGCUGGUGGUGUGCUGUGCACUAUUCUCACUGGUUUUCUAAUGAAAGCUGUAGUUCUCCGCUGUCCUGAAGAUGUAACCUUUCCCAUCCGCCAGAGUGUACGAGCUUAGCAGGUAUCAUCCCAGAGUAAUUGUAUUAAUAUCGUCACAGCGCCUUUUCUUAUUUCUCUCUGUUAUAAUUAACACAAACACAGAUGUAAAACAGGACGUGGAAUAUUAUAUUUGUUGCUGCAAUACUUAUUUGAGAAUAUUGUUGCACUAGGUAGGAGCAAGUACGUCUGGUUUUCUACUGCUACUCAGUGCUAAUAGUGGACAUAGUUUAAUCUUGACAACCCAGCUAACGUCACCCUAACCUUUGCUGAUGAAGAGGGGUAUGGAGAUGUGUACUGGGCUAUAAACUGUACCUUGCGUAUUUAUGUAUUUAUUUGCAUUUUGUACAAUGUGGAUAAAAGCUGAUUUGUGAAUUUCAUGGAAUUUAGUUCUUAAACUUAAAGGGGAAUGCCAGCAAUUUCUCAACAUUUCUAUAUAAUUCAGCCAUUGACAUGUGGGCAAAGUCUCUCUGUGUACUUUGAUGUGAAAUGGUGCAUUGUAGAUGUUUACACUGAUUGGUUAACAGUGCCAGUAUUGUCAUUUUGCCUUUACUAUCACUGUAAAUUUGGCAGGUUUUAUUUUUCAUUGUGUCAUGAAGAUUGGACCAAUUUCAUAAUAUAUAGAGACCAAUGAAAUGCUUUAAACUCUUUCUUCUAAAGUUAAGAAUGUUUUUCUUCUCCUAAAGUUGCUAUUUUGGAGAUAAAAGAUUUCUGCAUCAGAGUAAUAAUAUGCAACACUGAUAAUGGUAAAAGUGCUAAAUCUUAAAACAUAUACUACUGUGCCUUACAUUACAGUACAUUUUAGGCCAAAAAGACAACAUAUUAGUUAAAGCAUGAGAAAGCAUAUCCACAAAAAAAAAAAAAAGUUUUUAAAAUCAAACCUUCUGAAUGACUUUGCUUACAUUUCAAUGUUUUGACUAUCCUGAAAUGUUGAAAAAUCGGAGAAAUUCCCCUUUAAGUAUGACCACUGUUUCACUGCUGUGUGAGCUCAUCACGUGAUGUUACAGUUCUUAGUAAAGCAGUUGCAGGUGAUUUGUCUGUAGAGCUAAUAAUAUCAGUGAUGGAUGCUUCCUGUCCAUCAGUUCACUUGAUGUAUUGCUGGGAUGUCCACUUUUAAAUCAUGUUUUGUGGCACUCUUGUGCUGGCACUCUUUAAGGCCUCUUUUUAUUAGCAGUUUUAUUAUAGUGACAAUAGAUAGAUACAGAGUGUAUCGAUUUUCUUUGCUCACACCUUUUUAAUGUUCCCUUGAGUUCUCAAGAUUUAAAUGUUCCUCCAAUACCUUACAUGAAUUUAUUCUGCUUAAUAAAAAAUGAUAUUACCCUUACAGACAGUAACUUCAUUGCUUAAAUGCUUCACAUACACUGUGUGUGAAGUUCAAACAAUGAAACAUUGAAAGUUUAUUUAAUGCAAGAUAAUACUGUGUUGAAUAGAAUGAAACCGGUUCAAUAGAUUAUUAUUGGUUUAAAGCUGGUGUCCGUAAGUUUUGGGAUUUAGGGCCCUCUCUAGUAAGAAUGGGUAAUUGCACCGAGCAUGUGGAAAAAUAAUUUUAAACUGGCUGGGUGUGAUGCGGUCUCCUUUCAGAGCGGAUAAUUCGGAUCCAGGUUAUGUUCAGUCAGAGAGAGAGAAAGAGAGAGAGAGAGCACUCAGUCAGAAACGUCACUCCUUCAUUUCUUUAGUUUUACUAUGAGUAAAUGAGCUACUGAGCUCUGAGUUUCCCCUUCUGAAGUCUCCAUUGCCCCACCAGCCGCUCGCAUUCAGUAAAACUGACUGAUCCUCUUUUAGAGGCGGUACUUGUGACGUAUGUACGUAAAGACGCGUGACAUCACCAGAAGAAUUCUCACAAAAAGGGACCCGACACCCAAGUUUUUAUAAUAAAUAUAUUAGUCUUAGCAGGGAUGGUCGUUCCAGCACAUUAAACACAAUAUUUUAUCCCUUCUCCACUCAGAAAUGCUCCUGCUUUCAGUUUAGAAACAAAAUAAUACGGACUGACACUUUAAUGAAAUACUAUGAAAAACUGAAGUACUAUGUGUAACAGUGUAUAUUAAACUUUUGGCAUCUCUCUGCAAUGUGAGUGAGUACCAUGAUUUAUUAGAAAUCACAGGCAAUGGAUAUAGGUACUGAUUUUCCUCGCUACUGGAUUGUCAUCCCUGUGUAGACAAAUGUAAUUAUUUUACAGUAGUUUAAUCCUGUUCAGAGAUCUAAAGUGACAAAAACAGCACGAGUGAAGGACAAGUCAACAUAAAAUGAAUGCAUUUUAAUUCCAAAUUGAACAAAGUUUACUGCAUGUCAGCCAAUGAUUACAUGUCAGAUAAAAUGACUGCUGUUUGAGGCCUGAUCCAACUACAUUUGGUUUACAAAUCAAAAUGCAAAAAUUAUAAGGAUUUUAUGUCAGUUAUAUAAUGUAAUACUUGGACCAAAAUAUAUCAAUCGUACAGUUAUUACAGUAAUGACCUUGCAUAGCAAAUUCUGUUACUACAAUCUACACGUAUUGAGCACAUUAUUAGGUACACUGUACUAACAUUAGGUUGUGCCUCCUUUUAGUUAAAAUAGCUUUAAUUCUAAGUGACAGGAAUUUUAAAAAUCUCUUGAAAACAUUUAUCUAUGAUUCUUGUAUCACAUAAUUCCAGAUCUUGUGCAGAUCUUUCAGAAGCGCUGCGAAUCUUCCAUCCUGCCACACCUCUUUGGUAAAUGACUGGAAAGGUCAAUAAAGAACACUGAACUCUUUGUCAUGUUAAUGAGAGCAGUUUGAGGCAGCUUUUGCCUUGUGUCUUUGGGCAUUAUCAUGCCAGAAGUAUCCAUUAGAAGCCAUUAGAAGUAAACUGUGGCCAUAAAGGGAUGCACAUGGUCAGCAACUAAACCCAAAAAGGCUGUUGCAUUCAGAUAAUGGCUGACUGGCAAGAACAUUAACAGGCCCAUUGUGUGCCAAGAAAACAAAUCGUUCACACCAUGACACCACCUCCACCAGCCUGGACUAUUGAAACAAGGCAUGUUGGGUCCAUGGAUUCAGAUUAAGGUUCAUCAGUCCAGGCAAUGUUUUCCAAUCUAGUUUCGGUGUCCUGUGCCCACUGCAGCCUCAGCUUUCUGUGCUUGGCUGAUAGAUAUGGGACUCAAUAUGGUCUUCUGCUGGUGUAGGCCAUUCAAGCACCUCAAGGUUUUGCAUGAUGUGCAUUCUGGUAUGCUUUAUGCUUUAACGAGUCUAAAAAAACUGACACACAAAAAAUUGCUCAUUUCUUUAUUACACUAGAAACUUGUUGUGUUGAAAGUCUCAGAAGAUUCUACAGUUCUGUAAUAAUCAAAAUUUCCAAUUUCCUGAACCUGCUGGCCUCUAUCUGCAAAGCAUAUGUAUAUAUUGCACUGCUACAACAUGAUAGGCUGAUUAAAUAAACCCAAGAAUGUGUUGGUGUACAGCUGUUCCUAAUAAAGUGCUCAAUGAGUGAAAAUCCCAGCAUACAAAACUUAAAAGGGAAUAAAUGUGAACCGUUGUGCAAUACACUUUUAAUAAUAAUAUGUUCAUGUGCUACACGUUCUGUAUGUCUGCUUUCAUUUUCUCUGUCACUUUUAUUUAUAAUUAUUGUAAUCGUAAAGCUCCUUGAACAAAGAUGUGUUAUUUUUGGUACAUAGAGAAAUAAAACUUGUGAAUGUCUACUGAA